CUAUGAGCCUCUCGGGUCUCCGUAGCGGAACCGGAAGUGAGUUUUAGAGGUUUUCCGCGGGUUUGUUUACACCGCGGAUGUCUGAUGAACGGCACGUGUAAUAUUUAUUAGCGAUGAACACUAACACCAGCUGCUGGUGUGGACAUGAUGGACCCCCUGCAGCUGUUCCUGGAUCAGUUCACACCCAGCGGGGAGGCAGAGUCCCUGUGGUUGAAGCAGAUUUUCAGUUUCAUCUCAGAACACGUGUUUCCGGUCCUCUCUGGCCCCGCCCCUCCUGCUGCUGACGACUUAUUGACAGGUGUGUGUGCUGAUCAGCUGAGUGUGUGUGUGGUGAAGAAGAUCCAGCAGAGCAUGUUGGUCACACACAGCUUACCUGUCAGCUACAGGCCUGUGUCCGUCUCGGAGCUGCUCUCCCGGCAGCACCUGGCCUGCGUCAGUAACCUGUCCUGGAGCACCAAUCAGCAGCGAGCGUGGGCCAAGGAGGCGGAGCUCUCUCUGCCGGCUCACCGGGCACUGCCGCGGGUCAACCUGCUGCUGAUUGGCUGUCUGAGAGAGGGGCGGGGCGGAGAGUGGAGGCUGAUGGACGCCAGCGGCAGCGUCAGGUGUGAGUGCCUUUCUCCCUCUCCUCUGUGGCUGAACCGUCCUGUCUUCCUCCCUCACUGGAACUACAUCCCCCACAAUGCCCCGGGGCAGGACGAGGAAGAUGCUGAAGGCUGUGUGGAGCUGAUUGGUUCUCCUGUUCUGCUGUGUGCCGGUGCUGCGCAGGGAUUGGCUGUUGGUGCUGGAGGAGAGGCGGGGCUUAGCAGAGCAGUGGGAGUCAGAGAGGCUGCUGGUUUACUGAAGAACAGGACUCCUGGUCAGCGUGUCUCAGUCUGUGGUCUUGUGGGUUCAGUGUGCCCUCAGCUGAUCGUUGCAGGAACAACCUUCUUCUGCUUCUCACUGACAGACGACCCUAUCUCUCUACCUGUCCUCGUCAAGGACAACAGGCUGUGGUGGGCUCAGUGUGUGUGUGUCAGUCAGCGUGUGUGUGUGACGGCGCUGCGUGUGUGCGUCCUGCGAGGCUGGAGAGGAAACAACAUCCUGUGUGUGACCGAGCAGUCUGAAAUACACACUGACUACACACACACUGCUGCAGACAACACACGCGCGGACGCACCAGCCGACACGCCCCCUCUGCCGACGAUGUCACACGUCGAUGAUGGCGACUGUGAGGAGGCGGAGCCUGAGAGAGACGUCCAAUCGGCCGUCAGGGUGAAAAAGUCCAGAGUCAUCAGUUACCAGGGCACGGUGACUGAGGUGGUGAGCGAGGGGGCGGGGCUGUACGUGAUUGACAGGACGGUGGGGCUGUGCCUGGCCUAUCAGCCGACUCUGAGGAGGAAACUAAGAGCAGGAGACUCUGUGGAGCUCCAUCACAUCCACUUCCUGUACCGGCCCUGUCCGGACUUUCCUCCCAGCGUGCUUUGCACCUGCCUGCGCUCCAGCCUUAGGGUCACCUCCUUCAGCAGGGUGGGGGGGUCACCGGCUGCCCCCGGCUGCCCCGGGGACGGAGCGUUGUCACGGUUACUGCUGGAGAAAAACACGGGUGUGUCCGAGUACCUGUGGAGCUGUCACCUGAGCUCACAGCUGACACGCAGUCUGGUCCCCAGUGUGUUGAAGCAGCAGUGUGUGUGUGUGUUGUCCUGGAAGCUGAUGGAGUUUGUGUGGAGACGAGAGAGACAAAAGAGGAACAUCUACUCAGAGAUGUUGGACGAGCCUCACACCUGUCCUCUGACACAGUACAGUGUGGACCCUGCAGUGUCUCAGUACCUCAGUGUCUCCGAGCUGCGUCAGUGUCUUCAGUCUGAGUGCUGGUCCUCAGUGUCUCUUAGCUCUCUGCUGCCUCCUGGAGGAUCCGGUCUGUCCUCGUCUCAGAUCAACUCAGCCCUGUCCUGGUCCUGCAGGACUGUGAGCUCCCCCACCCCCCCUGGACACACGCUGAGGCGGCGCCCCCUGCUGGUCGGGGUGCUAGAGCUGCCGUCACAGACGUCUGCACACACGCUGCAGCUCAGAGACGGGACGGGGGCUGUGGCCUGUGUCGUCACGGAAACCAGCCAGGACGAGGGGGGGGGGUCAAAGGGCGGCUUCAACACCGCCUGGAUAGGUUGUCUGGUGUGUGUCCAGAGGUUCACCAUGGUAACAGAGAGAUUCCUCCAAUCAGAUUUCCCCUCCUACCAACAGCUGGACCAGGACAAAUACAUCACGCACAAACACUGCAGAGUCUACCUGCAGUUCUCUCUGGACCAGCUCCACAUUCUGAGCCCAUCUGACGCCAUGGUUACACACCUGAGGGGGGCGGAGUCAGGCGGUGACGUCACAUUGAGGAGACAGACAGCAGAAGAAGAGACGGAGGGAGGUCAGCCUGCAGGGAGGAAGAGAAGAAGAGAAGAAGACCUAGGCUCCACCCACUCCCGGCCCUGCGUCUCCAUGGUGAUCAGGGUGGAGCAGAAGGAGGGCGUGGCCUAUAGGAACACGGGGGCGGGGUCAAUGCGGGAAAAGGCGGGGCUUACAGCAAGUUUCUCUGUCAGAGCUGCUGUGAUUGGUCCGGUGGUCAGCUGGGGGCGGGACCCGAAGAACGGACCAAUGACAGACGGAGAGGUGGAGAAAGAGAAGGAGGACAAGCUGGUCCUGGUUCUCUCAGGUGUGUCUGCUCGAUGGUUUCCUCUCCUCCAGCCGGGAUGUUUCUACCGACUCAUCGCUGCCAACUCACAGGAUCCCAGUGUUCUGAUUGGCUGUGCAGUGUCUGUGCGGAGGGGGGUGGAGCUCCACACUGACUCCACCCUUCAGGUGCAAUCUGAUUGGAGGUUCCACACUCUGACACGCCCCCUGCUGCUGCACACCUGCACACAGGCUCGAUCGCCCUCGGUCCUGUCUGUCUCUGACGUGUUGGACUGCAGGUCAGAGUUGGUGUGUUUUCAGGCUCAGGUGUCUGAGAGGAUCAGUCUGAAGGACCGCAGCAGUGACUCUGCUGCAGGUGUGUGUGCAGGUGUGUGUGCAGGUGUGUGUGCAAGUGUGUGUGCAGGUGUGCGACUCACAGUGUGUGAUCAAAGUGGGCGGAGUCUUCAUGUGUACCUGGACUUGAGCCACACCCCCUACCCACUUGGCCUGUUGCCUGGCAACACACUGCUGCUGUCAGCUUUCCAGAGGAGAGUGUCCAGGUCAGGGGGGGUGUACUGCAGUUAUCUGCCGGUCAGCUCACUGACGGUCAGCGCACUGGGAGAUACGAGCUGCGUCCGCCCUCCUCCUGCUCCCAUGAUGCACCUGGGUGUGUGGGCAGUGAGCAGGGAGCAGAGGUGCAUUGUGGGUCAGGUGAGAGGUCACGUGGUGUGUUUCCUGUUCCUGCAGCUGCAGUGGAGCUGCUCGCUGUGUGGGAGUGUCUACGUGCAGUGUCGUUCCAGCUCUCGGUGUCGUUCCACUUCGUGCGUCUUUCAGUCCAAAGCAAAACUGGUGAUUGAUGACGGCACAGGUGAGGCUCACAUCUGGUUCUCUGGUGAUCUGGUUCGUCCUCUGCUGGGAUUGGCUGAUUCUCAGUGGGAGGGGCUUCAGAGAGCGCUCAAGGUCAGAGGCCACGUCAGAGUGUACCCCCGGGGGCGGAGCCUGGUGUGUGAUGCUGACGACCCCCUCCUCCACUUCCUGUUGUGUGUGUGCAGCAGUGAAGUUGUGUGUCGUCAGCUCACUCUCACCUGCAGGAAACACAACACCCAGAGAUCAGAAGAGAUGAAGAGGUUCAGUCGAGGAGACAGAGACUUCAUGACCAGAGUGACUCCUCCUCUACAGCUCACCUGUACAAACAUCAUCACUGACUGACCUCACCUGUGUGCAUGCUGGCAGGAAGUCCUCCACAGGAAGAGGCGGAG